UAGAAAGGGAAACCGGUUUAGAGGUUGAGAUCGCGAAUGUGGGACACGUAGCAUGCAAGGAGAGUGAUCAAAAUAUACAGCACAGGAGCAUACAGACACUGGCCACAAAGAAACAUGGCUGUGACUGGUGCUAUUCAACUCCUGUCUGUUUUUGCAGUGUUCUUCCAAGGUGUGCUAUCACAGGCCAAUCAGCCGCCGACGUUGCUAGAGGAUAUGGACGGCCACAGGGUGGAUGAGGUGACACCUGUUGGAUCACUCGUCUACAAGCUCGUCGGCAUUGACCCCGAUCGCGACCCCGUGACCUUCGGCAUCGACGGCACGUCGGUGUUCCGCGUCGACGCGACGACGGGCGAUGUUUACCUCAAUGAGAAGCUGGAUCGCGAGUCGCAGAGUUCGCUGACGUUCUACGUGACGAUUGAGGACCGUGUGGGAGACGGGAACCCGAACAACUUCGUGCGUCACCAGGUUACCGUGUUGAUCCACGAUGCGAACGACAACGCUCCCGUGUUCCACGACACUCCCUAUGUCAGCCGCGUGAGAGAGCGUUAG